UUGUGUGUCUCCGGCAAUGCCGGACGGAGAAUCUUUCACCGUGGGUCUCUCUUUGAGUCUUUCCGAAGUCAAUAAUCACGAUGACUCAGUCAAGAAAGAUCCCAAUAAAAUUGCAAGAAAGUAUCAGUUGGAGUUGUGCAAAAAAGCUAUGGAGGAAAAUAUAAUUGUGUAUUUGGGGACAGGAUGUGGAAAGACCCACAUUGCCGUGCUUCUCAUGCAUGAGAUGGGUCAUUUGAUUCGUAAACCCCAGAAGAAUGUAUGUGUCUUUCUUGCCCCUACUGUGGCUUUAGUUCAUCAGCAAGCAAAGGUUAUAGAAGACUCCACUGAUUUUAAGGUUGGGACUUACUGCGGGAGUUCCAAGCGCUUGAAACGUCAUCAAGAUUGGGAGCAGGAGAUUAGACAAUAUGAGGUGCUUGUUAUGACCCCACAAAUAUUGCUUCACAACUUAUCCCAUUGUUUCAUCACGAUGGAGAUGAUUGCACUUCUGAUAUUUGAUGAAUGCCAUCAUGCUCAAGUCAAAAGCAACCAUGCUUAUGCAGUAAUCAUGAAAGUCUUCUACAAAUACAAAGAUAAUUCUACAAAGGUUCCCCGUAUAUUUGGCAUGACUGCUUCCCCCAUUGUAGGAAAAGGUGCUUCUAGUGAAGCAAAUCUAGUGAAAAGCAUCAAUAGUCUUGAACGUUUGCUUGAUGCUAAGGUAUACUCAGUUGAAGACAAGGAAUUGCAAGCUUUUGUGACCACUCCUAUGAUUAACAUAUAUCAUUAUGGUUCAACUGCAAAUGCAGAAACUAGUUUGUACUCAAAAAUUGAGGAGAUUAAAUGCCAGUGUGUAGCAACCAUUGGUAAGAGUAUAGAAGAUCACCAGAAACGAAUGAACACGAAGAAACUUCUGAACCGGAUGCAUGAUAAUGUGCUUUUCUGUCUGGGGAAUCUUGGCAUUUGGGGAGCAUUGCAAGCUAGUCGUAUUCUUCUGAGUGGUGAUCAUUCUGAAAGGCAUGAAUUAGUGGAGGCAGAAGGAAACUCAAGUGAUGACUCUCUGUGCGAUAAAUAUCUUGUUCAAGCAGCUGAACUCUUUGCUUCACAAUGUGUGAUAGGUGACUGUGUAUCUGAUCUGUCUUCUGUGGAAGUAUUAAAAGAGCCCUGUUUUUCAACCAAGCUUUUACGCCUCGUUGGGAUACUGUCCAACUUUAGGUUGCAAAAAAACAUGAAAUGUAUAAUUUUUGUGAAUAGAAUUGUGACUGCUAGAUCCCUGUCAUACAUACUACAGAAGCUCAAGCUUCUAAGACAAUGGAAGAGUGAUUUUCUAGUAGGAGUCCAUUCUGGACUGAAGAGUAUGUCACGAAAGACCAUGAACGUCAUUGUUGAGAAGUUUCGCUCUGGAGAGUUGAAUCUAUUGGUUGCAACCAAAGUGGGUGAAGAAGGACUUGACAUUCAGACAUGUUGCCUUGUCAUACGAUUUGAUCUUCCGGAAACUGUUGCCAGCUUUAUACAGUCAAGAGGCCGUGCACGUAUGCCUCAGUCAGAAUAUGCAUUUUUGGUGGACAGUCGCAAUAAGAAGGAACUAGCCAUAAUCAAUGGAUUUGAGAAAGAUGAAUACAGAAUGAAUAUGCAAAUUAGUGUUCGAACAUCCAAUGAGACAUACAUCGUCCCUGAGGAAAGGAUAUUCAGAGUUGAUUCAUCUGGUGCUUCUGUCAGUUCUGGAUAUAGUAUCUCAUUGCUUCACCAGUAUUGUUCAAAGCUUCCACAUGAUGAGUACUUUGAUCCCAAGCCAAUUUUUUCUUACUUCAAUGAUUUAGGGGGAAUUGUCUGCCACAUAACAUUGCCUUCCAAUGCACCUAUACACCAAAUUGUUGGUGCACCACAGUUGUCUAUGGAGGCUUCCAAAAGAGAUGCUAGCUUGAAAGCAAUAGAAGAACUGUAUAAAUUAAGUGCUUUAAGUGAUUGUCUCUUGCCAAAGCCAAAUGAUGUAGAGCCAGAGGAGCAGGUUUCAGGAUCUUGUGAUGAAGAUGAAUGUGAAGAUGCCAUAUCAAGAGGAGAAUUACAUGAGAUGCUAAUUCCUUCUGCCAUUAGACAGUCAUGGAUAAACAAGGAUACAAUCGUCAGUCUCAAUUCUUACUACAUAAAAUUUUGUCCCUGUCCAAAGGAUAGGGUCUAUAAAGAGUUUGGUCUAUUUGUCAUGACUUUUCUUCCAAUGGAGGCUGAGAACCUGGAACUUGAUCUCCAUCUUGCUCGUGGUAGAUCUGUAAUGACAAGUUUUGUUCCAUUUGGAGUUGUAGAAUUUGACAAAGAUGAGAUUAAGAUGGCAGAGAAUUUUCAAGAAAUGUUCCUCAAAAUUAUUCUGGAUAGAUCAGAAUUUGUUUCUGAGUUUGUAGACUUAGGUAAGGGUGCUGAAUCUCACACAAGCACAUCAACCUUCUACCUUUUGCUUCCAGUUGAAUUGCAAGAAAAUGAAAAUGUCAUGAAAGUUGAUUGGAAGACAGUGAAGAGAUGCCUUUGUUCACCAAUUUUUAGGCAUCCAGCAGAUCCUACGGAUAAAAAAGUUUUCCCUUUGGAUAUUCACCUGCAACUUGCCAAUGGUUACAAAAGUGUAAGAGAUGUCAAGAAUAGUUUAGUUUAUGCCCCUCAUAAGAAGGUCUUUUAUUUUGUCACGGAUAUUGUCAAUAAAAAGAAUGGAUUUAGUCCUUAUAGGGAUUCAGGCACUUCAAGGUCAAGCUAUGUGGACCAUUUCAUCGAAAACUUUUCCAUUCACCUCAAAUGCCCAGAACAACCACUUCUGCAUGCAAAACGACUAUUCAAUUUGCACAACCUGCUACACAACCGAAAGCAUGAGGAUACAGAACCACAUGAGCAGGAGGAAUACUUAAUUUAUUUGCCUCCUGAGGUAUGUGAACUGAAAAUAAUAGGAUUUUCGAAGGAUAUCGGUAGUUCCAUAUCUUUGCUGCCCUCAAUUAUGCAUCGUCUGGGAAACUUUUUGGUGGCUAUUGAACUCAAGGACGUGCUAUCCUCUUCCUUUCCAGAGGCAGCUGAAAUUAGUGCCCUUAGAGUUCUUGAGGCUCUCACCACUGAAAAGUGUCAGGAACGAUUUUCCCUUGAAAGACUUGAAGUGCUUGGUGAUGCUUUCCUUAAGUUUGCUGUUGCGCGUCAUUUUUUUCUCAUGCAUGAUAGCUUUCAUGAAGGAGACCUUACAAAAAGGCGAUCAAAUGUUGUAAAUAAUUCCAAUUUGUUUAAGUUGGCUAUUAAGCGUAAUUUGCAGGUCUAUAUAUGUGAUCAGGCAUUUGAUCCUGUCCAGUUCUAUGCAUUAGGCCGCUGUUGCCCAAGAGUUUGUAGCAAGGAAACUGAAGACAGUAUACACUUCUGUUUAAGUUCUGUUAAGGAGCAAAGAAGAGCAACUGAAACCCGAUGUAAUAAAAAUCACCAUUGGUUACAUAGGAAAACAAUUGCUGAUGUGGUUGAAGCUCUGGUUGGAGCAUUCCUAGUUGACAGUGGUUUUAAAGCUGCAAUUUCCUUUCUUAAAUGGAUUGGCAUACAAGUUGAUUUUGAAGCAUCACAGGUGGUUAAUAUUUGCACAGGAAGUGCUGGCUAUUUCCCCCUUUCUUCUGAUGUAGACAUUCCUUCUCUUGAAGGUAAGUUAGGAUAUGACUUUGUUCAUAAGGGUCUGCUGCUCCAGGCUUUUGUACAUCCCUCUUACAAUAAGCAUGGGGGAGGCUGUUAUCAACGAUUGGAGUUUCUUGGAGAUGCUGUCUUGGAUUAUUUGAUUACUUCAUAUCUAUACUCAGCUUAUCCCAAACUGAAGCCUGGUCAAUUGACAGAUUUGAGAUCAUUGUCUGUUAACAAUAAGGCAUUUGCUUGUGUAGCACUAGACCGUAGUUUUGACAAAUUUCUUUUAUGUGAUUCAAGUAGCCUGUCUGACGCAAUAAAAAAGUAUGGGGACUACAUUAGAAGACCUGUAUCAGGUAGUGGCACUAACGAAGGGCCAACAUGUCCUAAGGCCCUGGGUGAUUUAGUAGAAUCUUGUGUUGGUGCUGUUCUUCUUGAUUCAGGGUUCAAUUUGAACAAGGUUUGGACGGUUAUGACUUCAUUCUUGGACCCAAUCAUAAAGUUCUCAUCAAACUUGCAGCUCAGUCCUAUUAGGGAUUUGCAAGAACUUCGCCAAUCUCAUGGUUUGAAGUUGCAGUUUCUGGAAUCAAAGCUGACUAAAACAUUUUCAGUUGAAGCCAAAGUGACUGGAAAUGGUGUAUGUGAAAGAGCUCAGGGAACUGGCCAAAAUAAAAAGGAGGCUUCUAGAAUUGCUUCACAGCGACUUUUUUCAAACUUAAAGGCUCAAGGCUGGAAACUGAAGUCAAAAACUUUGAAAGAAGUUCUGGAAUCAACUUCUAAAACUGAACCAAAACUUAUUGGCUAUGAUGAAACACCCAUUAAUGUAACAGAUACCAGUUCUGUCAGGCAGAUAAUGGUCAAUGCAGACAUGUGCAACAAGUUUAGCCCAGAAGUCGAUAUAUGCUCCCCAUGUGUGAAACCUUUUGGCCUACAGCUUCAAUCUUCUGCUGAGGGAAAGCUUAGUCUAACAAUUGAAAAUCAUGAUGGUGGAAGUGACUCAUCAAGGACAGGAACAGCAAGAUCACGAUUGUAUGAAUUAUGUGCUGCUUUUUGCUGGAAACCUCCUACAUUUGAAUGCUGCAAGGAAGAGGGACCAGAUCACCUGAAAAUAUUCACUUGCAAGGUGACCUUGGAGAUGGAAGAGAACCCAGAUAUGAUUUUUGAGUUCAUUGGAGAACCAAAGUCAAAGAAGAAAGAUGCAUCAGAGAGUGCUGCUGAGGGUGCGUUUUGGUACCUGCAACAGGAAGGUUACAUGCUGAGUGGUAAUUGACAUGCUGCUGAACAACUAUCAUGUGACAUAAAUCUAGAAGGUAAAAUGUAUUAAUUAUUGAGGGUGUCAUUUCAAAUUUCUGAAUGCUCCUCAUUGUUAUAGGUAAUCAUAUAAUCUAGAAGGUAAAAUAAUACAGGUUUAGUAAAACCCAGGGGUCCCCAAAUGUUAAUCUGUUGUAAAAUAUGAUUUACGUUGUGUCUAAGUUACACCUAUCACUGUAUGUGUAAUGUCCUUCAACUUUAAAAUGUAAAUAAUGCUCCUGAAACAUUGUAUUUGCUCAUGGCACUUUUUUUUUUAAUUGUCAAUUUUUACUUUUAAUUAAAAAAAUUUCAUCU